AUGGCAGCUAGGGACCGCUUUGGUGGUGUCUACGCUGACCUGGGCCUGACACCACUGCAACGAGCUAUUCGAAAUGCCUGCGACAUCUCCCACUACGAACCGAACCUCGCCCUGAACCUCGAAGUUGCGGACUUGGUCAACUCCAAAAAAGGCAAUGCUCCUCGUGAGGCCGCUCUCGAGAUCGUCCGUCUGAUCAACUCGCGGAAUCAGAAUGUCGCGCUGCUGGCGUUAUCGCUACUCGAUAUCUGCGUCAAAAAUUGCGGAUACCCCUUUCAACUCCAAAUCAGCACGAAGGAAUUUCUGAAUGAGUUGGUGCGCCGGUUCCCCGAGCGGCCGCCUUUGCGUCCCUCGAGGGUUCAACAUCGCAUCCUGGAGUCGAUUGAAGAAUGGCGACAAACCAUCUGCCAGACGUCGAGAUACAAGGAAGAUUUGGGCUUUAUUCGGGAUAUGCACCGUCUUCUCCUCUACAAGGGCUACGUCUUCCCGGAGAUUCGCCUGGAGGAUGCCGCUGUCUUGAAUCCUAGCGACAAUCUCCGUUCGGCAGAGGAAAUGGAGGAGGAAGAGAAGGAGGCGCAAUCGGCCAAAUUGCAGGAACUUAUCCGACGAGGCACGCCGGCGGAUCUACAGGAAGCCAACCGGUUGAUGAAGGUAAUGGCCGGGUUCGACAACCGUCACAAAACCGACUACCGAGCCAAAGCUGCGGAAGAAGUGGCCAGGGUGCAACAGAAAGCCAAGAUCCUAGAGGAGAUGCUACAAAGUCACCAGCCGGGCGAUCAGGUUGCCGAAGGAGACGUGUUCGAGGAACUCGCCAACGCCCUGCAAAGCGCACACCCGAAGAUCCAGAAAAUGUGCGAGGAAGAAUCGGACGACCCGGAAGCCGUGAACAAACUGUUGGAAAUCAACGAUAGCAUACACCGCACAAUUGAACGGUACAAGCUUGUCAAGAAGGGCGACCACGAGGCUGCGUCGCGGAUCCCCAAGGGUACGCUGGGCACGACGACCGGGGUGUCGAAGAACGCCAACAACGAGCUCUCUUUGAUCGAUUUUGACCCUGAACCCAGCUCCAACGGCAAUGCCUCGCAGGCGGCCGCCGGUGGCAGCUCCUUGGAGAAUGACCUGCUCGGGCUUUCGAUAGAUGAGCCCGCACCCAUGGGCGGAGGAAUCUCUCUAGGACCUUCCAACCCUCCAGCGGCCUCUGCCACGCCACCCGUCCAACAGGCUCCCGCCGGGUUCCAACCCAACUACGAUAUUCUGUCCUCGUUGAACUCAUCGCAACCUAUUUCGCAGUCACCGUCGCCACGACCGGGACCGUCGCUGGCCCAGUCCCAGGCUAGCACGGCCACUCCGCCGCCACCGGCCGCAGUCGACCCUUUUGCGUCACUGGUAUCGGCCAGUCCCCGUCAUGCCAGCCCAUUCCCGUCCCAGAGUCCCAAGCCAGUGCAAGCCGCACCGGCCGGAUCUUCCCUUCUUGAUUUGGCGGGUGCUUCGAGCACGGGCCCGGCCAAUAGCGCCGCGAAGGAAGACGACGAGUGGAAUUUCGCCUCGUCGCUGCCUGAAACGAGCGCCCUUCCCAGCGUGAACCGGGUGCAGGUGCUGAACACCUCGUUGCGGAUUGAAUUCGUGGCGCGACGACACCCGCAACAGCCUCGAUUGAUUCAUGUAGUAGCCUUGUUCUCCAACGCCACGUCCCAGCCAUUGAACGAGCUCCACUUCCAAGUGGCCGUUGAGAAGUCAUACACAUUGCAACUGCGACCCCAAUCAGGACGGGACGUCGCCGCCCAGCAGACCAACGGAGUGCAGCAAGAGAUGCUAGUGGACGGGGUUGAGACGGGUAAGGGCAACUCGAUCAAGAUGCGAUACAAGGUAUCAUACCGGAUGGGCAACGAACGGAAAGAGGAACAGGGAAUGGUUCCCUCGUUGGGGAUUGCAUAA